GCUCUUCCGGUGUCCAGUCCAGCUGAACUGGUCAUGACGGGCCGUGGCUCCCCGAGCCGCUUCUUGGGCAGCGUUUUACACAACGGACUGGGACGUUACGUGCAGCAGCUGCAACGCCUCAGCCUGAGGGUCAGCCGCGACUCACCUGCGUCCCGCGGGGCCAGGGAGUUUGUGGAGCAGCAUGUAACGGACUUUGCACGGAGAAACCCGGGGGUAGUGCUCUACGUUACCGCCAAGAAAUGUCACGUGCCGCGGGUGGUGGCGGAAUAUCUGAAUGGAUCCGUCCAGGAGGUAGCUCUCGGUAAUAAGACUUCGGAGGAGAUUGCCACACUGAUCCAGAAGCUGGCUGACCAGUCAGGCCUGGAGGUGAUUCGCAUCCGGAAACCCUACCACACAUACAACCCUAGUAUCCAGGGGCAAUGGCACCCCUUCACCAACAGGCCCCCCCAGCUGGGCAGGGAAAUCACUGCCAGUGCACCUAACCAGAAUCCCCAAUAAAAGUUAUUACAGUGA